AUGUCUUAUAACACCAAUACUUCUGCUGCUGCUGCCACAGCAAACCAGGCACUCAUUGAUCUUCUUGACAGGUUGAAUGAGUUGGUUGAAGAGGUCCUCUGGUCACAGUCAGAGGAAGAUAAAAUGAGAUUGAGCCGGACCAUUGCUUUUCAAUUGAACAAUGCAGUCCGCUCUCACCUCACAGUGGCCACCUACAUCCCCCUUCACCUGCUGUCAAUGGCAGCUGAAAUCCAUCGCGCUCAAAGGGGCACUGCACAACUGGCGCAGGUACCGGAUUGGAGUCAUGUUGGGAACAACGAGGACAUUUGCCAGAGUCAUCUCUUGUAUUCAAAGGCACUCGGUCCAUCGUCCACUGCCACCAUUCCUGCUGGCUCAUCCUCUGCACUUGAACUGGCAGGUCCAUCCUCUGCGCCUCAACCAGCAGGUCAAUCCUCUGAGCCUGAGCCUGCAGGCUCAUCCUCUGCUCCGGCACUGGCACAAACCUCAGCACCUCCAAUCGCCACUUUGCCGGGUCCCAGUAUCAUCCUCAAGAUCCCUGGUGGUGCAAUGCCCAGCCCAUCAAAACAUCACAAACACCAAUUUAGUGUCAGCCCCCCACGUCCGGUCAAGAGGGCAAGGAAGAUAGCCAAGUCCAAGCGAAUCUUGAGCAACACCGAUACUGACAGCAAUGGAGUUCGCAUGGGAAAAGGACAUGGGGUAAAGGGAAAGGGCAAAGGAAAGGCAAGAGCAAGGGCACCAUUAUCAGAUGAUGAGACCCAGGAAAUGACAAUGAAAGAUGCCAGUCAUGAUCUGGAAGUCGAGGCAAGUCUCUUCUUUUCGCAUAUUCCACCAAAACCGAGACAAAAUGUGCUCAAAAAGAAAAUACUGGUUGUUGACAUCUGCACUCAACCGAUGCAACCUUUGAAUGCCAGAAACAAGGGUGGUGACCCUGCAGAAGACAAACCGGAAGAAGACAUAGAGUUAAUUGGCGACAAACGAAAGCCACAUGUUGACCGGGUCAAAGUCAAGGAACCAGUAUGUUUAUUUCAUUGCAAUGCUGGAACAGAGAAGAGGAAGAGGGGGAAGCAUCCACAGCUGGUGAGACAACCGGUCAUUACUAUCCGCACCCUGUCAGUUCAUCUCUUCUUCCGUGUAAGAGAUGCACUGAAAUGGAGGUUGAAUGUGAGACCUGGCUCACAAAAAGAUACUCGGCAGCCUAGUCCUAUCCUGGAGGAACUGGAUGCUGAUGUCGAGAUGGUCAAUGGUGCUCCUACAGUGCCAAGUGCUGCCCCAGUGGCAUCCACUGACGAUUUUCCCAAGGACCAUUGGAUCAAACCCAUGGACAAUAGUAUCCUGCCUCCCGCACCAUUUGACGAGACACCGGAUGAGUCUCCCCAUCCUCUCAGCAAUGUGCAGAUUGAGGCUAUGCUGGCCCAAAUUCAGCUUGAUAUGGAGGAGCUACGCACACUCGCAUCGAUGAGCUGCACUGCCAACUAUACAGAACAAUUUGGCCUCCAGAAGGGACUGGUAGAUCAGUUGACUGCUCAGGUGGGCGGAAUUGCAAGGUACUUGAGGAACAACCAAAGGGCCGCUGCAUCAUUAGUCAUCACUCCACCCGCAUUCAAUCCGCCACACAUCAUCGUCCCCGGUACCCCCAUAUUCCCCGAGUUCGGUUCUAUCAGUGCAUUAGGUCACACUGUUACCAACAAUGUCUUUACUCUGGAUGUGUUCUCGUCUUGUGCCUGCCCCACUGGAGAUGGCUCGCCAGUGACAAGGCAUGGGCAAGCACCCACAUCUGGCUCUACCUCCACAAUCAAUCUGGUCCCCAUCAUGAGGGAAUCCUGGUUCAUCCAUUCAGCCCUACUGGGGUACUGCCAGUCAGCAAAUGUACCCGAGGAUGGUCAGUCUGUCUCGGCUCCCUUGCCACAGUGUUCGUUUGUGCCUCAAUCACGCCGACAAGGUCAGGUCGUAAAUGUAUUCAAGAUGCACUGGACAAUUGGUUUGUAA